CGGAUCUGGUUCUCAGGUCAGUCUGCGAGUGUGCUCGUUUUGUACGCCUAUAAAUUCCGUAGCUGCUACCCCCCCUUUUUCUUUUUUCCAUUUGUGGAAAUUCGAGUCACUCUUUUAAAAGGAGGUAAUUAAAAGUGCAUGUCUGAAAGGUAAUCAGCUUUGGAACUGCGCAAUGCUAAGACUUCAGGUUUUAAAAGAAGCUUUCUUUGGCUUGGAUGCUGUCCAACAGCGGCUUGUAGUAGGUAGCUCUGCCCUGGCAGCAGGGGGGAUCCUGGCAUACAUAGCGCACAAGAGAAGACAAGUGAAAACUAUUCCUCUUGGUGAAGGAUGGUGGGGAGCAGGAGAGAAGCCACUGUCAGAGGAUGAGAAAAUCUACCCCUUUCAAGUGCAAACCUCAGAUGAAGAGAUUAAGGACCUCCACGAGCGCAUUGACAGAACCCGCUACAGUGAUCCAUUGGAAGAUAGCGGCUUCCAGUAUGGCUUCAAUUCCACUCAUCUCCAGAAAGUGGUUUCCUAUUGGAGACAUGAGUUUGACUGGAAGAAGCAAGUUACAGUGCUUAACAAGUUUCCACACUUCAAAACUAAAAUAGAAGGAUUGGAUGUGCACUUCAUCCACGUGCGACCGUCACACCGAGAAACCCGAAAGGUUCGCCCUCUUAUGCUCGUCCACGGCUGGCCUGGCUCCUUCUACGAGUUCUACAAGAUUCUGCCACUUCUCACAGAGAACCAGGAUGGUCUCGUGUUUGAGGUCAUAUGCCCGUCCAUCCCUGGCUACGGUUUCUCAGACGCUCCUCACAAAAAAGGAUUUAACAGCCUCGCCGCUGCCCGGAUUUUCCUGACACUGAUGGAGCGUUUAGGGUUCUCCCAGUUCUAUGUGCAGGGAGGAGACUGGGGCUCCCUCAUCACCACCAACAUGGCACAGAUGAAGCCCCAGUGCGUGAAAGGACUCCACUUAAACAUGAUGAUGUCAGGAAGGGGGUUCAAAGUCUUGUUGUCCCUCAUGAUUGGUCCCUAUCUGCCCUUCCUGGUGGGCUUCAGUCGGGAAGAUGUUCGCCGGUUGUUCCCGUUCUUUGAGAAGAAUGUCUGGGAGAUGUUGAGGGAAUCGGGCUACUUACACAUCCAGGCCACUAAACCAGACACUGCAGGUUGUGGACUGAAUGACUCUCCUGUUGGCUUGGCGGCCUACAUUCUGGAGAAGUUCUCCACUUGGAGUGAUUUCAAAAACAGGGAUCUGGUGGAUGGUGGGCUGGAGAGAAAAUUCAGCCUGGAUGACCUCCUGACAAAUGUAAUGAUCUACUGGACCACAGGCUCCAUAGUCUCCUCCAUGCGCUUCUACAAAGAAAACUUACAGAGUAACCUUGAUGCAAGAGUGGAUGCAAAGACAGGGAUAUUCGUGCCCACUGGAUUUGCCGCCUUCCCUAAUGAGCUGAUGCACGUCCCCAAAUCGUGGGCACAAAUUAAGUAUCGAAACAUCUACUCCUACACUUUCAUGCCUCGAGGUGGUCACUUUGCUGCCUUUGAGGAACCCCAGCUGCUAGCCAAUGACCUUAUCCAGUUUGUCAGAAAAGUGGAGAAGUCCUGAUGUUAAUGCAUUCUCAGACCGUGGUGCAAAUGUUCUUUAUUAUUGCUGUUGUGUUUGAUUUUGAUUGAUCAUUCCAAAUAUACAUCCUUGUUACUAAGCUCACACUACAAUCCAUCUCACGGCUUGAUUGCCUCCAAAAUUGCAGCACUGUCAAAAUCAUUUUCAGGCUUUAAUAAAUGUAAACAUAUACACAGAUGAUACUGGCAAUGUAUUAAAAAAUUGGAUUAAAGAAAGCAAUAUAAUAAACCUUAAACCUUUCAAGUUAUGCAGAUUAAAAAUAUAUUGCACUGAUA